UUCCCAUCUCCUUCUCAAUAAACCAAUCAAAACACCCUUUUCCCUGAUUUUGCUCAACCAAAAAAACAAUUCGUAAAAAAAAAAAAAUUGUAAAUAGAGAGGCAAAUAAGGCGGGGAAAAGGAUCACGAUUUCACAAAAUUAGUGGAAAAAAAAUUCCCAAUUCAUCGUGAGAGAUCUGGUGUUAGGAGCUGGAGAUUUGGUCUUAGGUUUUAUAAAUUUGUAGGUUCAUGAGCUUAGGGUUUAGAUUUUAGAUUAACCUAAUCCAAGAGAGAGUAAUGGGGAAGAGAAACAAUUUAAAGAGAAGCGUUAGAUCUAAGGAUAAGGGCUCAGAUGAAUCAGAUGAGGAUUAUGUGAUAUCAGACGAGGAUGAAUCUGAAGGUGAUGAUCUGAAUGAGUAUGCCUACGGUGAAGAUUCUUUUGAUGGUUGUGCUGUGGAGGAGGAUGAGGUGGAGGUGGAGGUGGAGGAGGAGGAGGUUGUGCUGAGGUGCGUUGAGUGGCCGAAAGUGAAGACCGGUCCACGUGGCAAUCGGAAGAUCACGGGAUGCAGGUCGAGAAAGGUGGAGCAGGUUGUUGUUGUUUCUGAUAAGGAAGAAGAUGAGGAUCUUGAUGAUGCUGAGGAGGGAGAUGAGAGGGAGGGUGUGAAAGAGAUUGGUUUAGGUAAGAGGAGGAGAGUUUUCUAUGAGGUGGAAGAUGAAGAUGGAGACUAUCCAGAAGAGGAAGAUGUGAGCUGUGGAAAGGAAGAGAUGGCGUUGGAGGAGCAGGAGAAUGCGUCAGAAAAAGAAGAUGAUGGAGAUUAUGAUGAGGAUGAGGAUGGUGACGAAGAGUUUACUGGAGAUGAAGAAGAUGUCUCACUAGACGAGGAAGAGGAGGAGGAAGCACUCAAGGUUUGUAAGAGAAACAAGCGGAAGCAGAGAUCUAGAGGAGGGCGUAAAAGAAGAAAUGUUGCAAGUGGAAGGAAGAGACGAGGGAAGAACACUGAGGAAGGAGUUGAUGAUGAUGAUGGUGAUUUUGUAGAUGACUGCCUACCUGCAAGAAAGAGGGCGAGAUCAUUAAGGCCAAGGCGUCGGUGUACUUUACAAUCAGAUUCAGACAUUGCCUCCUCUGGAGAGUCUGAUUACGAGUACACAAUCUCAGAGGAGGAAAGAGAGCAGGUAAGAGAAGCCAGUAGUCUGUUGAGAACUAGAGUGAAGCAUGUGUCAUCUACACGAAAAGCUACGGUCCAUAAAGAUCUGCCUAAGCCUCGUAAGUCACCUGUGAAGAAAAGUGAAAAGAAGGUAGAGAUAGUGAUGAAAAACGUGUGUGGGAUUUGUCUCUCUGAGGAAGACAUGAGGAGAUUAAAGGGAGCACUUGACUGUUGUAGUCAUUACUUUUGCUUCACUUGCAUAAUGGAGUGGUCAAAAGUGGAAUCUCGAUGCCCUCUAUGCAAGCAGCGGUUCAGAACAAUUAGUAAACCCGCGAGAUCUACACAUGGUGUUGAUUUGAGAGAAGUCGUGAUACGUGUACCCGAGCGUGAUCAGGUCUAUCAACCCACUGAGGAAGAGCUGAGGAGUUAUCUCGAUCCAUACGAAAAUAUAAUAUGCUCGGAGUGUCACCAAGGUGAAGACGAUGGGCUUAUGCUGCUUUGUGAUCUUUGUGAUUCAUCUGCACAUACGUACUGUGUUGGACUCGGGAGGGAAGUACCUGAAGGAAACUGGUACUGUGAAGGUUGUAGACCUGGAUCAGCUAGCUCCCAAACCACGUCCGAGCCACAAAGGGUGAGUGGCUUUUACAGUAGACCAUCACCUCUUGUUGUUUCAGGGCAAUAUCAAGAUCCGUCCUCGCUAGUCUCCCCGCGUACACCGUUUUCCAGUGGAGAUUACCUUUUCUCUUCGAGGAAUGGUGAUGUUCAAGGCUCUUCUCCAUCCGGGUUAGGGGGAGCAACCACGUUGUCGAGAAGAAGGACGCUUCAUAGACACAUACAAAAUAUUAUCAACGGUGAUAGGCUUGUAAAUAUGGGGAGUAGAAGUGGUGGAACAUCGAUGAUUGCUAACUCGAGUGAUGGUUUCUUGGCUACACAAAUUGGUCAUGGCAGAGAAAUAGAACCGCCUCAACCUACAGGGAUGUCUUUGUAUACAAUCUCUGAGGAAAGACUCCACAGUAACAAUCCAUUGAUUUCUACCCAUGGACCUGAGCUUUUAUCUCCCAAGUUAGAUCAUUUUGGAAGCGAAGGAGUCAGACAUUUCUCUAGUAAUACAUUUCGUGGCGAUGCACCCAUCGAUUUAGGAUUGCGUCAUGGACUCGCUCAGGGUGAUCCCGUGUUUGGUAAUCAGCAACAUCUACGCAGCUACAUGCCAAACACAAUGUUUUUGACGGGAGGCGAACGACUGCAACAAAGAGUUAAAGCUCAUCUCCAGAACUUGUCUCGUCAAAUCAACUUAGGACAAGCCACGUUUGAGGAGAUUUCCACGUGCUCAAUACACACGAUACUGGCAGCUUGUGGACUGGAACACAAGAGCAGUGAAGUCCACUUUGUCCCGCCGUCAGUGACGUGUCCUCACGAUGAUAUGAGACCUGGGAGCAGCAGUGGUAACAACAACAGCAGCAGCAGCAGCCUGAUGAAUGGGUGUUGCUCUUCUUGUUUUGAUUCGUUUGUAGAAGAUGUAGUUAAGAUGAUUCUGGACACAAGACAACCCCAUUGGUUGAGGUUAGGGCUCCACUAAGCUUCAAUUGUUUAGAUUUGUUAGAAAAUGAUAAAUCUUUUGACUGACUUUUUGUUCAGAUAUUGAACCUUAAUU